AUGGCCAACCGGCGCUCAGUUCUACCAUCCGAGGCAGCCAAUCAAAAAAUGUGGCUCUCGAGUGGCUUCAAUGAGUACUACAACGAAUACAACUACCAGGAGUACUACUAUGACCAGGAAGCCGAAACGGACCCUCCCGUAUUCUUAGCCGAGCCGAGGACCUUCACGGUGGAGGUCGGCCAGACGGUGGUGAUCCCUUGUGACGUCGAGAAUAACGGCAACAACAAGCUGAUCAUCAAGAAAGUGCCAUUCAACGGCGGCAACGAGAAGCUGCUGGCGGUCGGCGAAGAGAAGGUGACGCCCGACCGGCGCGUGUCGGUGGAGCGCUCCCGCCUCACCAUCUCGCACGCACGCCCUCGCGACGCCGGAGUGUUCAUCUGCCAGUUCGACCUGGAGCCGCCCCUGCAGCUGCGCCACAGACUGGACGUGCAGUUCGCGCCCUCCGUCAGGUCGCUGGUGCCCCCGGAGCAGCACGUGGCCAAGGGGAAGAGCGUGACCCUGGAGUGCAAGGCGCAGGGCAACCCCGAGCCCGUCAUCCGCUGGUCCCGGCAGGAGGGUCCGCUGCCCUCGGGCUGCAGAGCAGGGCAGAGUCUGACCCUGGCGGAGGUGGACCGGCACGUGGAGGGCACGUACCUCUGCACGGCUGACAACGGCAUCGGCCAGCCCGCCUCCGCCGCCAUGACCGUCACCGUCGAAUACCCGCCGGAGAUCACCACCGAAAAGGCCAUUGUGCGGACGGGCGAGGGCGACCAGGUGGAGCUCGUGUGCGUCGUCCACGGGCGCCCAGCUCCUGACGUGACGUGGACGCGAGACGGCCACCCUCUGCCGGAAAACCAGAUGGACACCCAGCUCUACUUGCCCAAGAACGGCGCCCAUUACGUCCCGCCCACGCCCCACGACCCGCGGGAGGUGCAUCUGAGCCAGAUCCGCACCGCCCACCGCCACACCCUCACCAUCAAGCACGUGACGGAGAAGGACUUCGGGGCGUACGUCUGCAUCGCCAAGAACGCCCACGGCCAGAAGGACGCUGUUAUCCAGAUGACAGCCCUCCCCAACACACCCCACAUCACCAGCAGCCCGAAUGGCGGAGAAAGCGACAUGUACACACUCACCUGGGAGGCCGAGAGUUACUACCCUGUGACAGAAUUCAUGAUCAAAUACCGCAAGAAUCACAUGGGUGGAUGGCAUGAGAACCGGACGGUGGUCCUUCGCGGAGGUGACUGGCAGAGUGUCACACACUCGCUGGAAUCUGAAGAAAGGAAUUUGGAUAACUUGCACACUAUGGCCUUCACCCUCAAGGAUCUAGAGAUCGCGACCGACUACGUGGCCGUCGUCAGGGUGAGAAAUAAGUACGGUUGGUCGGCCGAGUCCCCGAACUUCAACUUCUCCACCAAGAAAGAACUGUACCUCUUCUAG